GUGGUUCAGGUAAAUUUAUUAAUGUAAUGUAAUUUAAAAUGGUCAAAUUACUGAAAAAGACAGAAACUUAGCGAGUGUUGAUUAUUUUGCUAGAGUUUUCAAAAUACUAAUGAAAAUAAGAAAAAGGAAACAAUCUAUGACGUCACAUAAAUGAAUGUAAUAUGACUGAAUGGCGGAUAACAUAACGGAAGACCUUUGCAAGAUAUGUGAUGGCAGAAUAGAAUGUGCACCUACAGCGAUUCUUCUAAUAUCUCUCGUCCAUGCUCUGUACGGACACAUCGGUGAAGGACCUGAUUACUUUGGAAAUAACCAACAGGAACUUAUCAAAUCACAAUAUAAAGCUAAAGGUAUUGGUUAUAAUCGACCUCAAUCACAACAUAAAACUAAAGGUUAUACCAGACCUCAAACAUCCAAAUACAGAUAUCUUGAAGAAGAAGAUAGAGAAAAUGAAGAUUUUGAUAUGGAAUACGACUUUAUUGUCGUUGGUGGAGGGACAGCAGGGUGUGUGGUUGCUAGUCGAUUGUCCGAAAACAGAAAAUGGAAUGUGUUGCUCAUAGAGGCUGGUCCUGAAGAACCGAAAAUGGCUUUAAUUCCUGGACUUACAAGUGAAUUCAAGGGUUCGUCUUUAGAUUGGCAGUAUUCAAUGAGGCCAAAAAAGGGAUUCUGUCAAAAUCAAGGCUCCAGAGGUUGUGAAGUCGUACAAGGUAGAGUUCUUGGGGGAACAUCCACAAUAAACGAAAUGGCGUACAUGAGAGGAAAUCCCGCGGAUUACGACGAAUGGGCCCUUAAUGGCAAUGAAGGGUGGAGCUUCAGUAAAGUGCUACCUUAUUUUAAGUAUUCUGAAGGGAAUUACGAUAAGGACAUUUCAAAAAAUAAAUUCUAUCACUCUACACAAGGGCCUCUCGACGUUGGACGAUAUCCUUAUGUUGAUGAAAAUGUGGAUAUUUUGCUAAGUGCGUUCAAUGAACUCGGAUAUAACUAUACAGACAUCAAUGGAAGGAAACAACUUGGCUUUAUGAGGGUGCAAACUUUUUCGUAUUAUGGAGAAAGAGUCAGUGCAUAUACAGCCUUUAUUGACCCUAUUAGAAAGUUAAGAAGUAACAUUGAUAUAAUAACGCAGGCUUUUGUCACUAAAAUAUUAAUAGAAGAGAGAAGAGAUGUUCUUCGCGCCGCUGGCGUAGUAUUUCUUAAAGAUGGUACAACAAAAACGGUAAAAGCUUCUAAAGAAGUAAUCCUAAGCGCUGGUGCGAUAAAUUCACCGAAAAUAUUAAUGCAAUCUGGUAUUGGACCAAGUGAAUACUUGGAAUAUUUAGGUAUUAAAGUGUUUUCCAAUUUACCUGUCGGUGGAAAUUUUCAAGAUCAUUUAUCGGUAUGCCUUCCAGUUAUAAAACUAACUAAAACUGCGACUACUGCUAAGUUUCCACAAAAAAUAAAUGAUAUAACAACCUUUUAUUCUAAGGGUACUGGUCCACUUUCAGCAAAUUUCCAAGUCGUUGCGUUUUAUGAAUCAAGUAUAUCCGACAUUCUUGGUACACCUGAUAUAGAGUUUAGAUUUAAGGGGCACUAUUCAAAUAUGUAUUACGACAGAAUAGAUGUCUGUACUUCUCUAUUGACACCUAAAAGUAGAGGCCAAAUUGUUUUAAACGCCUCAGAUCCCAUAUUUGGAUCUCCUUUGAUUUAUCCUAAUUUCCUUAAAAAUCCUACAGAUGAAAAGAAAAUACUAGAAGGUUUAAAGGAGGUAGUUAAAUUGUUUGACACAGAGGGAUUCAAGGACGCCAAGUAUGAAUUUGAUCCACGACCAAUAUUAAAUAAUGAGUGUAGAUCACAUGAUCGUGUAUCAGAAUCAUUUUGGGCUUGUAUAAUAAGACAAUUUUCAGCUCCUCUGCACAAUUAUGUCGGAACUUGUAAAAUGGGACCUUCUACCGAUCCCGAGGCCAUAGUUGACAGUAGUUUAAGAGUAUACGGCAUUGUUAAUUUAAGAGUAGUUGAUGCUUCAAUAAUGCCAACAAUACCAAGAGGAUCAACAGCAGCACCUGUGAUAAUGAUUGCUGAAAAAGCGAGUGACUUAAUAAAAACCACUUGGUAUUAAAAUUAGCUUUAUUAUUUAAUUGACUUAAACUGAUUGUACAUAAUACUAGUAGUUAUACUUACUUACUAUAGGAAAUUUCCUUUGUUUUCUUUCCAGUCUUUAUUCAUAAUUUUGCUGCCCUUCUCUGCAAUCAUUACUGUAGGAGCGAAU